AUGCAGCUGCCUAAAGAGCUGAAGUAUGCUGCGAUUGCAGGCGGGGUGGCGUUGUUCGGCCUCAUCUUCGGAUGGGUCCUCUUCCCAACUAUCUUGAAGAGUCAGCUCAAGAAGGAAAUGGCCCUCUCCAAGAAGACAGAUGUCCGCAAGAUGUGGGAGAAGAUUCCCUUCGCGCUGGACUUCAAGGUGUAUAUCUUUAACUUCACCAACGCUGAGGAAGUGCAGAAGGGAGCCACGCCUAUACUUAAGGAGAUUGGACCCUAUCAUUUUGAUGAAUGGAAAGAGAAGGUGGAGGUUGAGGAUCACGAGGAAGACGACACGAUCACUUACAAGAAACGUGAUGUAUUCUACUUCAACCCUGAGAUGUCAGCGCCUGGGUUAACUGGAGAGGAGAUCGUUGUUAUACCUCAUAUUUUCAUGUUGGGCAUGGCAUUAACAGUGGCCCGGGACAAGCCGGCAAUGUUAAACAUGGUUGGAAAGGCCAUGAACGGUAUCUUCGAUGACCCCCCUGACAUAUUCCUGAGGGUCAAAGCCUUAGACAUUUUAUUCAGAGGCAUGAUCAUCAACUGUGCCAGAACGGAGUUCGCUCCAAAAGCUACCUGUACCGCCUUGAAGAAAGAAGGCGUUAGUGGGCUGGUUUUGGAACCUAAUAAUCAGUUUCGUUUCUCUAUUUUCGGAACGCGAAACAACACAAUAGACCCCCACGUGAUCACAGUAAAAAGAGGCAUUACGAAUGUCAUGGACGUCGGUCAAGUGGUGGCUGUCGAUGGGAAAACGGAGCAGACAAUAUGGAGAGACACCUGCAAUGAAUUCCAGGGGACUGAUGGCACGGUAUUUCCGCCUUUUGUGCCAGAAACAGAAAGGAUCGAGUCUUUUUCUACUGAUUUAUGCAGAACCUUCAAACCAUGGUAUCAAAAGAAGACCUCGUACCGUGGCAUCAAGACCAACCGUUACAUUGCGAACAUAGGAGACUUUGCCAACGACCCAGAACUGAACUGUUACUGCUCCAAACCUGACACGUGUCCUCCUAAAGGCCUGAUGGACCUAGCUCCAUGUAUGAAGGCACCCAUGUAUGCCUCGAUGCCUCAUUUCUUGGAUAGUGACCCGCAGCUGCUGAGUAAAGUAAAGGGACUUAAUCCUGAUGUCACUCAACAUGGAAUAGAGAUAGAUUAUGAACCGAUAACUGGAACACCUAUGGUGGCUAAGCAAAGGAUCCAAUUCAAUAUCCAGCUUCUUAAAACUGAUAAGCUAGACCUAUUCAAGGAUCUGUCUGGAGACAUCGUACCACUAUUUUGGAUUGAUGAGGGUCUGGCUCUGAACAAAACCUUCGUGAACAUGCUGAAGCAUCAGCUGUUUAUCCCGAAGCGUGUGGUGGGCGUGCUGCGCUGGUGGAUGGUCUCCUUCGGAAGCCUUGGUGCCGUCAUCGGCAUAGUAUUCCAUUUCAGAGAUCACAUAAUGCGUCUUGCAGUGUCCGGAGACACCAAGGUUUCGAAGGUGACUCCUGAGGAAGAGGAACAAAAGGACAUCAGCGUCAUCGGCCAAGCCCAGGAACCUGCUAAGGUGAACAUAUAA